UGACGCGGAGCGACUCAGGCUCCAAAUGCCUGCCCUACUAGAACGCAGCCACUGUUGUGUCAUCAAACUGCGCGUCUAAAAUAACUUAUUCCACGUGAGUGUUCCACGAUAUAGAGGCAAGAUGGCACCGAUGUUGCAAUCUCCAGAGAUCCAGUUUGCACAGAAACUAGCUUCGAACGAAAAACCUAUCCGGACCCGCGCCUUAAAGAAACUGAGGAAAUAUCUCAGCAUCAGAUCACAGAAACCAGCAGGUGGGUUUAGUAAUGAUGAACUGCUCAAGAUAUGGAAGGGCCUUUUCUACUGCAUGUGGAUGCAAGACAAGCCUCUCAUGCAAGAAGAAUUGGCAGCUGUUAUUUCUCGGCUGAUACAUUCCUUGCAGAAGACUGAUGCCCAGUAUUUAUUUCUAGAGACCUUCCUUCAGACCAUGAAUCGGGAAUGGAAUGGCAUAGACAGACUGCGUCUUGAUAAAUUUUACAAGCUCAUCCGAAUGGUUUUAAGGCAGUCUUUUGAACUGCUGAAGAGGGGAAGCUGGGAUGAGAGCCUAGUUGAGCGGUUUGGGUGUAUACUGAGUACCCAAGUGCUGAGUGCUGCCAGUGGUGCUCCGUCAGGAAUUCAGUUCCAUAUCCUGGACAUCUACAUGGAGGAGUUGGCUACUGUUGGAGCAGAGGAGCUCACAGCAGAACAGAAUUUGAAGUUCAUUGAUCCAUUUUGUAAGAUUGCUGCCAAGACAAAAGAUCACCUGCUCAUGCAGGCAGUAGCACAUAGUAUAUUUGAUGAGAUUGUGGACCAGUCUCCAUUUGCCAUUGAAGACUUGAUGAAAGAGGUGCAGCAACAGGGACGAAAUGUGUCUGACUCAGAAAAUCGAGAUCUCUCCAAGUCGAAAAAGUCAAUCGGACGGCAACUAAAAGGUAAAGAAGCUGAAAAAAAAAAGCAGAAUUUGGAAGAUGACUCUGAAGGUACCAUUGAAAUGUCUGAAGGUGAUGGUGAGGAUAUUGGGCCUGUUCUUCAGUUUGACUACAAGGCAAUUGCGGACCGUCUCUUUGAGCUAGCUAGCCGGACCAGCACGCCUCCCCAGAACAGAAAGAUCAUGUAUAGACUGGUCAAAAAAUUCCAAGACUUAAGUGAUGGAAUCUUUCCCCAGGAUGAGUACCCUGAGGAGGUGUCCACAGACGAGGAUGAUGAUGAGUUAUUUGGAAGUAGGAAAAGAAUGAAAAAGAGAAGGAAUACAGAAAGUCUGCUGGAGAAAAGCAGUGAGGCAGCCAAAGAGAAAGAUAAAAAAAAGAAAGGGGGAAAAAAGAUAAAGACACUGAAUGGCACAGUAAAGCAGAAGAAAGAGAACACAGAGGCUUCUCCAGCAGGGACUUCUACCGAAUUGAAACAACCCUGUGCAACAGAAGAGUCAACAGAAACUAAGGCAAAGAAGAAAAAGACAAAAUUAAAGGAGUCCAGUCCCAAGAGAAUUGUGGCAGACCCCAGCAGCAACAACAUAGACGGGCAUACAGGAGAGAAAAGGAAAAAGAAGACAGCAAAGGAAGCUGCAGCUGCCAUUCUCCCCUCCAGAGGCAAAAAAAUGAAAAGGUUGCGAGUCCUGGGAGUGAACGGAGAAAGACCAUGUCUUGAGCAAACCACUCCACUGGAAGAAGGCCGUUCCCCCUCAGAAUUACCAAAGAAUACCAAGAAGACAGUUGAGCUGGUUCAGGUGGACCCAGCAGCAGAGCAGGUGGAAAGCAGCCAGACAAAAAAGAUGAUGAAAAAGAAAAAAAGAAAGAUUGAGGUGGCUAACCCUGCAGAGGUCAAUGGGCUCAGGGAACAUGGUGGCAAGAAAAAGAAAAAGAGCUGUAAAGCAGAAGAGACUGUCAACUCUGUGUCUUCCGAGAAGCCACUCCAAAAAUCCAAGGCAAUCACAGAGACGGAGUUUGUGAGAUUUGAAAAUUCCUCCUUCCCAGUGCCAUUAUUUUUCAAGCGUGCCAAUGGUGGCAAGCCCAGAGCAGCCAAACAGGGGCUGCAGACACCAGAAUCGGGUUCAAAGAAAGUCACCUUUGGACUGAACAACAACAAGACUGCAGAAUUCAGAAGGACUGACAAAAGCAUAUUAGUGAGUCCAGCGGGAACAUCGCGAGUGGCCUUUGACCCCCAGCAGAAGCCCCUCUGUGGAGUGCUCAAGUCUCCCUUGAGCGUGAUGUGUUCCAGGCAUAAAACCAACACCCCUGCUUCGACCAAGAAAAGAGCAACCGCUGCAGACUUUUUUAACUUUUAACUUUUUCUUAUUCUGACAAUGGUCUGUUUCUAAUUAAAUCAAUGUAUUGCAGAAACAAUAAAAAGAAAACAAUACUUUCUAUGUAAACAUCCAA